AAAACACAGCAGUAUCUACACGGUAGACCACAGACCGCCGGGAAAUGGAGACAAUGAUAUGUCCUUCCGGGGUUACGUCACGCCCUGGCAGCUCCACCCAAGACACGUCUUUUACGGAUCGAAAAAAGAAUACGGCGAUUUUGGCCCAGUACAUCGCAGCGCUUUGACAUGUCCAAAUGCUGGUCAGAUAUCAUGCCAUUUCUGCAACACCAAUCAGCAUACCUGAAGAAUCAUUUCGAAAACUGAGAAUCACAUGAGUAUAAACGGCUACCUAAGAACACUGCUCAGUGCUCACAGGUAUAGCUUAUAAACGAUGUCCAUAAUAAUCACCCACUGCACAUUUCCCGCUGAUCUGUAAACGGCGAAGACUGUCUUAUAGCCGUCCACUGUCGGUAUCGGGGGUCAAAACUGGCUGUGGAUCCGCGGUUUCCGGUCUGUCGCAGCCAGGGAGGAAGCCACUAUCGCGGAGCCGGUGGUGGCAUCAGUCGAAUGUCAGUUCCACGGGACAGAGCUAGGGACCAGAGCGGGAACAUACACUGCAGCAAGGAGCUGGCAGGAGGUCCACGUGAAAGUAUCGGACCGGGAUAGCGGACCGGACUAAGGAAGACAGUGAGACGGUGAAGCCUGAAGAAGUCGAAGACAUCUCAGCUUCAGUGAUCAUUAGGAGGACAUUAGGUGUGUGACAUUCAGGACAUUCAGUGAUCAUUAGGUGAUGCCACACGUGUCGGUCACAGUUGUGGCUGUAGCGACAUUAGCUUUCUGGCUAAACCUGGAGUCGGCCGAGUCAGCAAAACAAGGAUGCCAAUCACCAGGCGCCAAAUUCUUGUCCAGAGUGUUUUUCGCCACAGACAAGACCGGGACAGUGUUUAACGAUGCAAACACAACCCAGGCCAGCGGUGUGUACCCCGAGGGCACUGAGGUCAGAUACCUGUGCGACCCUGGCUACGUUCUUGUCGGCAAGUCGGCGCGGGUGUGCCGGGAGGGCCGAUGGACGGAAACAGCACCCCACUGCUAUCUGAAUGUGGCCGAGCGUUCAAGUCUGUCGGUAAAACACACCAGCCUGGCCGAUGGAGACAAAACAACGGAUCAGUUCCUGAGGAAUCUGUUUCAAAAAGAAGGCGGCUCCCUGCACAUUAACCUUUACUUUUCGACCAAGGUUGUACAAGUCAUUUUUAUCGCUGAUGAGGCUAUUACAGGAAGCAAUAUGACAAUAUAUCUAAUGAAGAAUGGCGCAAUGGUCAUUGGAACUACCGCGGAACUUCGACCCUCAAGACGUCAGUCUGGUGACGGCCAUCCACCGGAGUACAUAGCGUUUGAAGACAUCGAAGGCAAAUCUCCUGAGGCGGAUGCCCUCCAAAUAUCGCUGCCCAAAUGGACGAGCUACACAGGGCAGAAGAUAUACGAAAUACAGAUUGUCGCCGCCACCACAGACCUGUCCUGGCGCCAGUGUCUUGAUGAGGUGGGCAGCUCAGUGACUCCUAUGCAGAGAAACACCUGGGCCGUCGACGGCCGAUGCUACCAUCUGAUAACACAGCCGGAUAAACGGCUCCACGCCGAGAAAGGCUGUCAGCGCCUGGGCACCGAAGGGACGCUUUAUGAGCCAGUCGCUGGGCUAGAUCUGGCCUUAGACAUGCUGAACGUGGAGGGGGUGUUCCGACUACAAACGCGGUCCAAGACACACGUCUGGGUGCAAGGAAUGGAGGAGCAAGACAGCGAAGACCCGGCCGCGUCCGGUGAUACUAAGGGUCCCCGGUGCCGACUGCUAUCGCCGAAGGACCGAAACUUCACCUACGGCGACUGUGAUGAACGGCACCCGUAUAUCUGCCAAAGAGCGCCGCGGCUGUGCGGCCGAUUUCCUCGACUAGCUGGUCUCCACUACACACCUCCGGAGGGAAACAGCGCCUUCUUGAGGGACGACACAGUCAACGUGACCUGCGCUGACCCCAACCGGACCGGUCAGAUCCGCUGUUUGGCUCCCGACUGGACCCGACCCAACUUCUGUCGAAGGACGGUGACCGGCAGCGCCCGGCCGCCCACGCAGAAACCGCCUGGGGGCCACCUGAGCGCCAUCCUGGGCGGUGCUGUCGGGGGCGUCAUCGUGUUAGCGCUGACGGCACUCGGCGUCAUCCGAGGCAGGAACGGCCGGCGCCAGCGCCGCCGGCACAAACAGUUUGUGCCACCCGUGGACGACAGCUCGGAGUUCCUCGGACUCAACCCGAACCCCAUCUACGGCGGGUCCCAGCACGAGGACGAGCAUCUGUAUAGCGAAGUCAGCAACCCAGACGCCAUAUACGAGGAAUGCUCGUACACGGCCCCCGUCAAACAGCCGUCUCCGGAGCCCCCUCCUCCCCCUCCGCUGCCGGCCAGCCGGCCCAGCGUGGGCUCACUCACCGACGCCGCCGACGCACCGUCCACCGACGACCUCGACUACGAGGUGUUCCCCAUGGAAACAGCGCCCGCUCCCACUGGAGGUUUCCUGACGACCGGCCGAAGCACGACGGCCGCCGGAACAUCAGCGCCACCUGCAAAGGAGGAUCCCGACUACGAGCCUUUCCCCGUAGAUCCUCAGAUGCCCUCAGGGGAAUCGAGCAGCGCUACUGGUCCACCUAUUUCAGAUCCAUCCCGAUCGUUCCCAGCCGUACCCGAGCUCUCCCGUCCUCCGACAUUGGAAUACGCCGUCCCUCUGGUAGGUGGCAAACAGCCGGACGGCCGACAGCUGAACCACAGCUUCGUUACGCUGCCGAUAAGUGUCGCGCCGGUUGCAGAUGAGGCCGAGUACGCGCAGCCGUAUCGAGCUUCGCGGGCCGACACUGCACGGAGAAGCAUCCCAGACGUGGCUUUGAAUGCGAUGGGCAUGAGCCGGACCGAGAGCGGUUGACUCCCACAGUCUGUGGGCCCGCCGUGGGCUUCAAAACUGGGAUGACAAGACUGGUCGCUGCAUGAGCUACAAGACCGCCGCACAGAUGCAUGAUCUACCGCUGUAUGAUCUACAAGACUGAUCAUGAGUCUUCAUGCUUCCCCGCAUAUCUCGAAAGCGAUGCCCCAAACCGUUAUUUUGAGUGGAAAUAGGGAGUCGAGCAGGUCGUAUGGCUGUACUCUUGUUACGCCAGAAGUGCAGAUGGAAUCGGCAGAUAAAACGGAGCUUUGACUGCAUACUACUAUGACAAAGUGAAGGACGUGUCGUAACGUGGUACACAAUAUGCUAUACGUUAUGCAUCGACCACAUUGCUUGUGCAUGUCCCUACAGAAUAACGCAUAUGAUGUGGAAAUGUGCAGAUGUAAUGUAAAAUGUGGAUGAUUGUUGGCUAUGAAAUGCUGGGCGGGCUUCGCUCUGUUCAUCAGAGCCACAGCCACGCCACACCCGCACAGUCGGGUCCGCAUCAUUCAGUAUUGAUGAUAUUGUCAUUGUCGAAAAUGUGCCGUGAGUGAUCAGUUGCAUUUUUAUUUUAAUAGUGUUGUUACGUAAACCAGAUAAUAUAUUAUCUAAGGGCGUAAAA